UCUCAGCUCCUUCAAUACUUUCUCUACAACUACAUAACAUGGCAUUGUUUUUGUUUCUAUUUCUUGCCACAACCCUAGGAAUUUCACAAGGGUCAGACCAGGAUACUGUCCCCCACAAAAUUCACCUCCUCCGCCCACAAUCCGGAGCCGCCGGUAACCAUGUACCCGGCUUGUCAUGCCUGAGCUGGCGCCUUGGCGUCGAAACUAAUAACGUUGUAGGCUGGAUUACUGUUCCGGAAGAGUGUGAGGAGUACGUGGGACAUUACAUGUUAGGCCACCAAUACAGAAAAGACUCGAGAGUGGUAGCUAAUCAGGCCCUUCUGUACGCCCAAAGCCUCAGCCUGGCCAGAGACGGCAAGGACGUUUGGGUCUUCGACAUAGAUGAGACCGCACUCUCCAACUUGCCUUAUUAUGCUCACCAUGGGUUCGGGGUGGAGCCGUAUAACCCCACUUUAUUCAGCAAAUGGGUAACGGAAGGCAAAGCCCCAGCUUUGCCAGAAACUCUUAACCUGUACAAAAAGCUAUUGUCUCUUGGGACCAAGGUGGUUUUCUUAACAGGAAGACCUGAAUAUCAAAGAAGUGUAACAGCUAAUAAUCUAAGAAAAGCUGGGUAUCACACUUGGGAGAAACUCAUUCUCAAGGGAUCAUCUUAUUCAGGCAAAUCAGCAGUGGUAUACAAAUCAAGUGAAAGAAAGAAGCUAGCGAUGAGUGGGUAUAAAAUCAUUGGGAACAUGGGUGAUCAAUGGAGCGAUCUCCUAGGGACUGAUGUCGGCAAUAGGACGUUCAAGGUGCCUGACCCAAUGUACUACAUCAGUUGAAAAUUAAUAAGUUAAGGUCUUAUUAUCAUGUAAAAUGUGAAACCGGGAAAGUGCCUGUUACCUAAUUUUCAAAAGCCUUAAGAGAAGAGG